UCAGCUAGUAACAUGUAUCCAUCAUAUUAUAUAUAUAUAUAUAUUAAUGUAUAGCUCUCCUCUACUAGUUAUAGGAAGAAAUGGAGUUGCCUGAUCUUGUGGUGAUCUCGAAAGCCCUUUUCUCGGUAGCCCUAGCAAGUGCCGUUUGUUACGUCUUCCAUUACUAUACCAGGAGCUGGCUGAGGUCUCAAAGGCUUAGAAAAAAGCUGUGCAUGCAAGGCAUCAAAGGACCACCUCCUGGUUUUGUGUAUGGAAAUGUAGCAGAGAUGCAGCAAAUCCAGUUAAAGGCAAAGAAGACACGGAACCACUCUGAAAUUGUUGCUCAUGACUAUACUUCAACCCUCUUCCCAUAUCUUGAUCAUUGGAGAAAAGAAUAUGGUUCGAUAUACACAUAUUCAACGGGGCUUAGGCAACACCUAUACGUGAACGACCUGGAAAUAGUGAAGGAAAUGAACCAGUUGAAUACCUUGCAGUUGGGCAAGGAUGCUUAUAUGACCAAAGCACUCCAACCCAUGCUUGGCAAUGGCGUUAUAAGAUCCAAUGGCCAAUUCUGGGCCCAUCAAAGGAAGAUCAUUGCGCCAGAGUUCUUCAUGGACAAGGUUAAGGGCAUGGUGGGGCUGAUGGUGGAAUCGACAGUGCCAUUGCUAAAAAAGUGGGAAGCUAUGAUUGAUGCAGGCGGUGGUUUGGCAGCUGAAAUUAAUGUGGAUGAGGAUUUGAGGAGUGUUUCAGCUGAUGUUAUUGCAAGGGCAUGUUUUGGGAGCUCUUAUGUUAAAGGCAAACAGAUUUUCUCCAAGCUUAGGACCAUUCAAACCACCAUUACCAAACAAGGCUUUCUUUUUGGCCUCAAUGGUUCAAGAUUUUUUCCCAACAAGAAGGUCAGCAAUUUAGAAAGAGAGGUGGAAUUGUUAAUUUGGGAGACCGUGAAACGACGACAGCAAGAAUGCGUAGACAAAUCUUCAGGUCAAAAGGAUUUAAUGCAGCUAAUAUUAGAAAGUGCUGUGAAUGAAGCGGGUGUAGGGCCAGGCGCGGGUUCGCCACAGAAGUUUAUAGUCGAUAACUGCAAGAACAUAUAUUUUGCUGGUCACGAAACAACUGCUAUCACUGCCUCCUGGUGUUUGAUGCUACUUGCCUUGUAUCCAGAGUGGCAAUCUCGUAUUCAAGCAGAGGUGGCUCAAGUUUGCGACAAUGGCUUGCCUGAUGCAGAUUCUGUUUCUCGAUUGAAAACGGUGACUAUGGUGAUUCAAGAAGCCAUGCGACUGUACCCAGCAGCAGCAUUCGUGUCAAGGGAGGCACUGGAAGAUACUCGAAUCGGGAACAUUUUGGUUCCAAAAGGGGUAUGCAUUUGGACUCUGAUUCCAACUUUGCAUAGGGAUCCUGAAAUAUGGGGAGCAGAUGCCAAUGAGUUCAAACCUGAUAGGUUCAUCAAUGGCGUCUCCAAAGCUUGCAAAUCCCCACAAGGCUAUAUUCCAUUUGGUUUAGGCACUCGGUUGUGCUUGGGUAAGAACUUCGCGAUGGUUCAAUUGAAGGUUCUUCUAUCCCUUAUUGUCUCCAAGUUUACGUUCUCUCUAUCUCCAAGUUAUCACCAUUCUCCUGCUUUUAGGAUGCUUGUUGAACCCGAACAUGGUGUAUAUAUCAAAAUACAAAAGAUCUGAUACUGCCACACUCUACUGGCUUUGAGCCUGAAUAUUAUUAGUGUAUGAAAUGAAGCUUUUUAUAUAUGUAAUUUAUUUUUUUAUAUGUUUCAUGAAAGAAAUAGAAGCGUACGUUGUUUCAUAACAUGUAAUGCCAUUUGGUUAACAUUGAUAGUUCGUCUUCUUAAUGGAUUGAGAAACGGGACAGGCAAAUAAUUCUGAGAA